CAUUUCGCGAGUCGCCACCGCCGCUGACGGACGUGGAGUCGAGUCGCCGGAGCCAUGGCUACCUCCGUGGGCAACGUCGCCGACAGCACAGAACCAACAAAACGUCUGCUUUCCUUCCAAGGGCUGGCAGAGUUGGCUCACCGGGAGUACCAGGCAGGAGACUUCGAAGCGGCCGAGAGGCACUGCAUGCAACUGUGGAGACAGGAGCCCGACAACACCGGCGUCCUGUUGCUGCUCUCAUCCAUUCACUUUCAAUGUCGCAGGCUGGACAGGUCUGCUCACUUCAGCACUUUGGCAAUCAAGCAGAAUCCGCUGCUGGCCGAAGCAUACUCAAAUCUGGGGAACGUGUACAAGGAACGGGGCCAACUGCAGGAGGCGAUCGAACACUAUCGGCACGCCCUACGCCUCAAGCCGGAUUUCAUUGAUGGAUACAUCAACCUCGCUGCUGCUUUAGUUGCCGCAGGUGACAUGGAAGGAGCGGUGCAGGCCUAUGUCUCUGCCCUGCAGUACAACCCUGACUUGUACUGUGUGCGUAGUGACCUGGGGAAUCUGCUGAAAGCCCUGGGUCGCUUGGAAGAAGCCAAGGCCUGCUACCUGAAAGCCAUCGAGACCCAGCCCAACUUUGCUGUGGCCUGGAGUAACCUCGGCUGCGUGUUCAACGCGCAAGGGGAAAUCUGGCUGGCGAUUCAUCACUUUGAGAAGGCGGUGACCCUGGACCCCAACUUCCUGGAUGCUUACAUUAAUCUGGGGAAUGUCUUGAAGGAGGCGCGUAUAUUUGACAGAGCCGUUGCAGCCUACCUACGGGCCCUGAGCCUGAGUCCCAACCACGCCGUCGUCCAUGGCAACCUGGCCUGUGUGUAUUAUGAACAGGGGCUGAUCGAUCUGGCAAUUGAUACCUACAAGCGGGCCAUUGAGCUGCAGCCCCACUUCCCUGACGCCUACUGCAACCUGGCCAACGCGCUCAAAGAGAAAGGCAGUGUUGCCGAAGCGGAGGAAUGCUACAACACAGCUCUCCGUUUAUGCCCGACUCACGCGGAUUCUCUUAAUAACCUGGCGAACAUCAAGAGAGAACAAGGGAAUAUCGAGGAGGCUGUCCGCCUCUACCGGAAAGCUCUUGAGGUCUUCCCGGAGUUUGCAGCUGCGCAUUCGAAUUUAGCCAGCGUUUUGCAACAGCAAGGGAAGCUCCAGGAGGCCCUCAUGCAUUACAAGGAGGCCAUUAGAAUCAGCCCCACUUUUGCAGACGCCUAUUCCAACAUGGGGAACACCUUGAAGGAAAUGCAAGAUGUCCAAGGAGCUCUGCAGUGCUACACAAGAGCCAUCCAAAUAAAUCCUGCAUUUGCCGAUGCCCACAGCAACCUUGCUUCCAUCCAUAAGGAUUCUGGAAACAUCCCAGAGGCAAUUGCUUCGUAUCGCACCGCCCUGAAACUGAAGCCAGACUUUCCCGAUGCUUACUGCAACCUGGCACACUGUUUGCAGAUCGUCUGCGAUUGGACCGAUUACGACGAGAGAAUGAAGAAGCUUGUCAGUAUUGUGGCUGACCAGCUGGAAAAGAACCGGCUCCCAUCGGUGCACCCCCAUCACAGCAUGCUGUAUCCGUUAUCUCACGGCUUCCGAAAGGCUAUCGCUGAGAGACAUGGGAACCUUUGCCUGGACAAGAUCAACGUGCUCCACAAGCCACCCUACGAGCACCCGAAGGACCUGAAAGGCAGCGAGGGCCGGCUCCGCAUUGGCUACGUGAGCUCUGACUUUGGGAACCACCCCACCUCCCAUCUCAUGCAGUCCAUCCCAGGCAUGCACAAUUCGGACAAAUUCGAGGUCUUCUGCUACGCCCUCAGCCCCGACGACGGCACAAACUUCCGGGUCAAGGUGAUGGCAGAAGCAAAUCACUUUAUUGACUUAUCUCAGGUCCCGUGCAAUGGCAAGGCGGCUGACCGCAUUCACCAAGAUGGCAUACAUAUUCUGAUCAACAUGAACGGCUACACCAAAGGAGCCCGCAAUGAGCUGUUUGCUCUCCGGCCGGCCCCAAUCCAGGCAAUGUGGCUGGGCUACCCGGGAACCAGCGGGGCCUUAUUCAUGGAUUACAUUAUCACUGACCAGGAAACGUCCCCGGUGGAAGUGGCGGAGCAAUAUUCGGAAAAACUGGCUUACAUGCCCAAUACCUUCUUCAUUGGUGAUCACGCCAAUAUGUUCCCGCACCUGAAGAAAAAAGCUGUCAUUGACUUCAAAUCGAACGGGCACAUCUACGACAACCGGAUUGUUUUGAAUGGCGUUGACCUGAAGGCAUUCCUUGACAGCCUGCCUGACGUCAAAAUAGUGAAGAUGAAAUGUCCAGACGGCGGGGAUGAUGGCGCCGCUGGGCUCAGCAUGCCCGUGAUUCCCAUGAACACCAUUGCUGAAGCUGUGAUUGACAUGAUCAAUCGCGGACAGAUUCAGAUCACCAUCAACGGAUUCAACAUCAGCAACGGGCUGGCAACGACUCAGAUCAACAACAAGGCGGCGACGGGCGAGGAGGUGCCGCGCACCAUCAUCGUCACCACUCGCUCCCAGUACGGGCUGCCGGAGGACUCUGUCGUCUACUGCAACUUCAACCAGCUUUACAAGAUCGACCCAGCCACCCUGCAGAUGUGGGCCAACAUUCUGAAACGUGUCCCGAACAGCGUCCUGUGGCUGCUGCGUUUCCCGGCUGUGGGGGAGCCAAACAUCCAGCAGUACGCACAGAAUAUGGGCCUCCCCCAGAACCGAAUCAUCUUUUCUCCGGUCGCCCCCAAAGAGGAGCACGUGAGGAGGGGGCAGCUUGCCGACGUGUGCCUGGACACCCCCCUUUGCAACGGCCACACCACUGGGAUGGAUGUCCUCUGGGCCGGAACCCCCAUGGUGACCAUGCCAGGGGAGACCCUCGCCUCGCGCGUCGCUGCCUCCCAGCUCACUUGCCUUGGGUGCCCUGAGCUCAUCGCAAAGAGCCGGCAGGAAUACGAAGACGUCGCUGUGAAACUGGGGACUGAUCCGGAAUACCUGAAGAAGAUCCGCGGCAAGGUGUGGAAGCAGAGGAUAUCCAGCCCCCUCUUCAACACCAAGCAGUACACCCUGGAACUGGAGCGGCUCUACCACCUGAUGUGGGACCACUUCUCCGCCGGCCACAAACCGGACCACAUCCUCAAGCCCGCUGAGACCGGGGAAUCUGCCUAAACAACUGGAGCCACGAAAUAUAAAUCCUUCAGGAGACAUCCCUCCUUCCGGAGCAGAGGGAAGUGGGAGCCAAGGAUGCGAUUUGGGUGGCGAUAGGAGACUCUAGCUCUUGCAUGACGGGGAGGCCAGCGCUUUCUGACCCCCCGGAAAAACCCUCUUUUCCAGAUCUUCUUGCUGCGAGGAGGCAUGAUCGGACGGGCAGUCAAUUCGGAUUUCCUGUGAACAAGUCUCUUCCCCCCUUCUUCCUACGUGAAUCUGCAGCUUUUAAAGAUAGUGUUUUUAAGAAUUCCUCUCGGUACAUCAGUGGCUCUCUUUUAACAGCAUUUUAAGUCCGCAUCCUUCUUCCGAGGUUGGCAGGAGGGAAAAUAUGCCGCUGCAGCUUUUACAGGUUUUAUAAACCACUCGAACCGACAUCCGCUUUCUUAAUGUUGGACUUCUCUCCGGGGCCGCCGUUGGUUUUGGUUUUUUUUUUUGCUUCAAUUCAUGCCGGGUUGACUGUGCGGAAAAAGCAAAUGUGAUUUAAGAUAUAAAGUUUGGGCUUUUUCAGCUUCAAUUCAUGCCAGGUUGACUGCGCUGAAAAAAAUGCAACCUGAUGCCAAACUGCGCAUCCUUCUGGGGCGGCGUCAAAUUAUGUACAGAGGCGCAAGCCUGCACACCGCCAUUAAGGCUGAAAACGGAAUAGAAGAGCAUUGGUUUUUGCCCAGGUUUGCGCAUUCGGACGUGCGUUUCUCAGUUGAUGAAACAAUUAUGUGCUGGGCUGCCGGCGCUUUGACUUUGUCAAAUGCAGCUCUUCCAGGUAAGUAUGGGUUUCUGCCUUCACUUUGGUGAGCUUUUUGGUCAAGCGCACACCUCCUUUUUCACGUCCGAAGCAUCGCUGACUGGCUUUUAGCCCGUAAAAUGAUUGGAGGGCAAAGUGUGUAUCCGAUGGGUUAUUUUCCAAAUUGCUUCCCUGCCUGACGCCAAAAAGAUUCAGAGCAGUGCAUUUUCCAUACUCUUGGUGGCACCGCACAUGGAUCCGUGCCAAUAAUUGAUAUCUAUGGCCGUCCUAACACGCCUUUCGUUAUAUUCUGAAUUUGAUCCUCGGGUACUUUGCCCUGGGCUGUGCUUAAAAGCUUUGCAGUUCCCUUCGUUUGGGCUUAAUAUGGGCUGGAUUAUUAUCUGUAUAUAGAUAAUACAGGCGAGAAGCAUUAGUCCUGAGCCC